AUGGGAACGGCUCUGGGAAAGGAAGACGAGGGUCAAAUCCCACGUCAACUGGAUGCCGUUACCGAGUCGGAGCAGACCGAUCAACGAAAGAGCAAUGCGGUCGCGGCAGAAAGCGAGGAGUUUCAUCGAGCACCGCAACGCCAGACGCUACAUAUGCGGAAGGAAUCCAAAGAGUUUCUGAACACUAUGCAUUCCUACUUGGAUUGCAAACGAAAAUUGGAAGCCUUGGCAGGCAAAGUGGACCCCUGCCGAACACUGCACGGCAUGACGCUAUAUACGCACUCGGGCGGAAUACGCGAGGCGGACGGAACCUACAAAGCGACUUAUCGGCAGCAAAACCAAUCUGGAAACCCGGUUCGAGACUCGGAGGAACUCCUGCAAGCCGCCACGGUGACACGACCUCUCUUUUUGGCGCUCAUGCAACAACUAGCAUCCCAAAUAAUGCAAAAACGACAAGAUCUGCGCCGGGACGGUGCGCAAUUCAAGGCACUGGUCGAACUUCCCCUCAAAGCCUGGUCGAGGAUUGUGGAAAAGUCACGGGACGACUACGCGAAACGGACACCGGGUCCACCGGAAGCAUGGCUCUACGAUCUCAACCGCGCUUCCGUUCUUUGCCCUGACGUUGCCACCAUGGACGCCGUCGUUACGUGGCUUUACAAAAAUACAUAUAUUGUUACGGCCAAGAAUCGCUUUCAUCGGCCCACUAUCAGCGGAUACCGUGACUUGCUCUUUGUUUUACGGAUACCCGUGAGACCCACGGAUCAACAAGGCGGUACCGGUUCACCCGCCAAUCCUGUUCUAUUUUUUCACAUGUGCGAACUGCAAGUGCAUCACGAACAAAUUUGGCAACUUAGCAAAACACUGGAGACGCACAGGCUAUAUCGAUACUUUCGCUCCUACUUUUGCGGCAACGACGAAGCCAGUGUCGGGAAGCUGAUGACAGAACUGGUUGAAAUUGAAGAUUCUGGCAAACUCGAUACGAUGGUUGUACAGCGAGUGCUGGAAUCGGACGACGUCCCGCGGAUACGCAAGCUCACCGAGCUCUUUCAACAUCUGCCAGAGCACGAUUUUGCCCUACUCUUGUCCCAACGCGCUCUCGACAUUCACGUGGCGGCCGAACCGGAUGCUCCUAGCCAUAGCAAGCAUGAAACCCACCACAGUCAUCGUAUCAACGUUGCCGAAUCGUACAACCAUAUUGGCGACAUACUUUUGGCUAAGGGAGAGUAUCUUAGUGCCUUGACGCACUAUCGACAGGCACUCGAUAUUUACCUACAGACGCUUGGCCCACAGCACGUCCAGACGGCAGCGACACACAACGCGAUUGGUCUAGUGCUAUCCAAUCAAGCAUCGUACGACGAGGCCUUGAUUCAUUUCGAAAAAGCACUCGCAAUUUUUUCAGCGCCCGGGGGAGACAGCAGCAGCAACAAUACCGACCAGAGUAUCGCCAAAAAUGCCCAUCCCCAGGCCGCCACCGCUUGGAUUUACAUUGGUCACAUUGCCCAGGCUCGUGGAAAUCUGGAGCAAGCUCGGGAGAAUUACGAAAAAGCGCGUGCAAUCGCUUCGGCGCUGGAGGAACAGCUAUACGGAACGAAACAGACUCUACUCGCCACGACAGAAACGAAUUUGGGAAUUGUAAGCUACCAUCAGGGGGACCUGGACGAUGCCUUGGUGCACAUGCAACAGGCAUUGGCUACCCGUCAAGCUGUUCUGGGACGUAAGCAUCGUCAAACUGGUCUAGUCCACGAGGCAUUGGGAACAAUUUGGCGUGAUCUGGGAAAUUUGGAAACCGCCGCUGAACACUUCUGUCAAGCGAACAGCAUUGAUCAAGGAACAACAUGUGACUGGGAACGCUCGCUAUUGAAGAAACGGUUGCAUUGGAGCACAGGGGGACUCUCUAUCGAUGAGAAAGUGAGCCGGACUUCUACAGAGGAGUUACCGUAGCUCUCAGGGAUAGGUGCACGACUGAU